ACGAAACCUACGGGUAGCCAGAGCUCGGUGAGCCGAAGGCAUGGCGUGCAAUGGAGCUCGCCCUCCGAGACCUGCAUGGCGUUCGGCCAGACAUCGGGGAGAGCCACGAAUUCGCGAAGGUCUCAGCUGAGCUGGAUGCCGCGCACACUGCAUGGAACCGAAUUUGCCAACAGCUGGAAGCCCAGCUCCGGCGGCUGCGCGCCGCGGCCGGCGGCCAGAGCUUGGCCCAGGUGCGAGAGCUUGCGCGGGGCCUUGGCGCCUUGGCCUGGGAGCAGUUGGAGGUGUCGACGGCCGGGGACACGGUGCACUCGCUGGAGGAGAGCCAGAGGCGCUGCGAGAACUUGAGCCGGGAGAUGGUGAGGCAGGCGCAGAAGCACGAGGAGCUGGUGGCGGCGGUGGCGGCGCUGCAGGACACCAACCGGCGCCUGGUGGAGCAGAUCCGCUUCCAGGGCGAUGAGCUUCAGGCCAUGGCCCAGCAGCAGGCGGCAGACGAGCGCCGCAAGGCCCACGCCCAGGCGCGGCAGAGCCAGGACUUCGGCGCCGGGCAGGCGGAGGCGGCGCGGCAGCUGGGCGCGGCCAAGGACAUGGCGCUGAGGAGAAGUCAGCGCACCCGGCAGCAGCUGGGCGAGCGCCUGAGGCAGUUGCGCGGAAGUGCACAGCUGCAGCUGCAGGCAGCGAGUAUCCUCCACACCGAGCAGUCGAGGCUCAGGCAGGAUGCAACGGAGCUUCAGACGGAGGUCAAGGGCAUGCUGCAGAUGUUUGCCAACCGCCUUUUGUCGCACGGCCACUUCCACAAGGGUGCCGGCAGCAAGGCCAACGUGGUGCAGGCCAUCGACAGCCUGGCAAAGCUCCUGCAGUCUGAGAAGGAGCAGCGCGUGCUGGAGAACCUGACUUCCAGCCACCAGCACGGGUGCUUGUCCUCCAAGCUGGGCUUGCUGCAGGCGGGCCAGGCCCGGGAUGCGAGCCAGUAUCUCGCGCAGCUACAGGCGUGGGAGCGGAGCUCUGAGACCAGCGUGGCGCCGCUUGCCAGGCAGUACGAAGACCUCUCUGCACGCCACAGCCAGAUCCAGGAGGACCAGGCUGCCAUGAGAGCCAAGCAUGAUCAGCUGGCCGCGCAGCUCAAAGGCACCGAGGCCGCCGCGGCGCGGCUCCGGGCGGAGGCCGCGGAGCUGCGGGGCGGCGCCCAGCGCAGCGCCGCGGCGCUCGCCGGGGCGAAGCUCAGCGGGCAGCACCUGCAGCAGCAGAUCGCCCAGCUCCACGAGGCCUUGCAAGCUUCCAGCAAGGCUCAGCUCGCAGCGCAGCAGCAGGACGCGGAGCGUCACGCUGCGCACCUGGCGGCUCUGCGCUUGGCGGAGCUUGAGGCGGCCAAGCGCCGCGCAGAGGACUGGGAGCUGAAGCUGAGACAGGACGAGAAGGCCCUGCAGUCACUGGAGGAGCAGCUCAGGGAGGCGGUGGGAGGAUGUGAGGCCAUGGCUGGGGAGAUCUUCAGCUUGCGCAAGCAGCAGGAGGAGCUGCAGGAGCAGCGGCGCGGCAGCGAGGACGCUCUGUGUGUGGUGCGCGCGCACGCCGAUCGGCUGAUUUGCAUGCUGUCGUCCAGGAAUCAUGGCCCAACCCAUGGACUAUGGGAGGAAAGGGGCAUGAGCAGACGUAGCCUGGUUGCCC